AUGGCUAUUGAAUCGCAAUAUUUAGGAAAGCUUCAAGAGUAUGUCACAAAGACAAAGGACAUAGAUUAUGGCCAAAACAAUGCAGAUGGAGAUGAAGACUACGCAGCCCGUCUUUGCAAGAGCCUACAGUCCCUGCAAAAUCAAGUCAAGCAGCAUGAAGCCGCCCUGGAGAGGCUACGUGCAACAGCCCGUGCCGUUUCCGUUGAUGAACCGUCUGAAGAUUCCCGCCAGCGUCUGCAGCAGCUUCGAACUGUUACAGCCGCAUAUAGAUCCCUCACUCCCUCUGAGCCUCUCCUCCCCUCUCCCGACUCGCCAUUGCCCGCCCUCCUCGCUCUCCGCAAAACUCUGAAUAUGGUGGACCAGAGCAAAAGUGCAAUCACAGAGACCAAGGAUAAUGUUUCCAAAUCUCGAAAGCAUCUUCGGCAAGAAGAAGCUGAUUUGAGGGAUGCCCGGUCCAUCACACAAGCACUUGAGGGAAGGAUCGAGAAGCUUCGAUUGGAGAACGAAGAACGAUCGGAAAAGAGCACCGAGGAAUCGGCCAAUACUAUAAUUCAAGAGCAGCAGCAGCGAAAACGCCACUACAUGAUGGCACUCAGGGAUCUAGUGAAAGCUUUCAACAAGUUUGUCGAUGAGCAAUUGGCCGCGAUGCUAGCAGCUGAAGAUCUUGGUGGUCCUACAGUAGGCGAUUCAGUAGAAGUAGAUGAGGAGAUGUUGAAGGCAGGCUUCAAUCAGCAAGGGAGAGCGAGAAAGAUGGACGCAGAUAUUGCGAGGACCGAGGCAAAGCGGAAAAUGCGUAAUGACGAGAUCUGGGGUUCCGAGAAUGGUAAUGAAGAUGAAGAAAUUGGUGUACGAAGUGAGAAGGAGGCCGCCCUGGCAAGUUUCCGAACCCUGACCGAAGACCUUUUGAACGCCGCUGCUGGAGAUGAGGAUUCAGAUUCCUACAUCAACAUAUCGCGAGAGUCGGCAGCUGUUCGGUUUCUGGUUCGAGCGAAGGUCGCGCAAUUUCAUACCGAUGAUGCAAGAAAGCUGCGACUGGUAGACUUCGGCCGAGGAUGGGACAACUGA